ACAUCCACCCGAAGUAAACCAAAAAGCUAUUCCGGAUGUUUUUGAAAUAUUUUGGAGGACAGGUGAAAGACAGGUGAAAGAAAGGAACGUUAGCCGGUCGGCUCAUCUCAUUAUUGAUUCCCGAUCGCCACGCGCUUGCUGAGCUUUGCCCUCUUGAUCAGCCAUGGCUUCAGCUGUCGUUGUUGCUGCUGCUUGUCUCGCCAUGAUCUCCAUCCAGCUGCCCACGCUUGCUCUCGGCGACAUUUUGUCCCCUCUUCUUUCACCCAUCGCUGAUGAGGUGUGCAAAGGAGUGACAUGUGGGAGAGGAACGUGCAAGCCCAGUCUGAACAGCACUUUCCUGCAUGAAUGUGAAUGUGAACCUGGAUGGAAGCAGACUCUUUCUUCAAGCACUGAUCAUCUUCUCAAGUUCCUCCCUUGUGUAAUUCCUAACUGCACCCUCAAUUCCUCUUGCAUGAAAUCCCCUGCUUCAGUUGAGGAGAAAACAAAACAAGAUAAUGAAUCAAUUUUGAACCCCUGUCAUUGGGUCGAUUGCGGAGGUGGCUCCUGUAACAAGACUUCAAGUAUCUCGUACAGUUGCCUAUGUGACGAGGGCUACUACAGUCUCUUCAAUCUCACUGCUUUCCCAUGCUACAAACAAUGUGCAAUUGGAAUGGAUUGCCCGAAUCUUUGGCUGUCAUCUUCGAAUAAUACUGCUUCAGCACCCACUUUGGCAGAUAGUGAUGGGUCUAGAGGCUCACUUAUGCGAGGGAAUUCUCACUGGUUGGUUGCCCUGUUGUUCUUUUUGGGCAUUGUUCAGUGCCCGUAAGGCAAAAGGUAAAGAAGAAAGCUGAUAUCUCUUGUGACAUAUUCAAAUCGCGGAUGACGUUCCUGUGAAUAACCUUAUGCGGAGGUCCAUUUUGAUACCUGAUUUGUUGUACUGUUAGAGCUGUUGUGCAGAUUAGUUGACUGAACCCAACGGACAAGUGAAUGUGAGUGAAUACAAGUUUUCAUGAGAGUGACACGUAAGUAGAUUAUCCAAAUCUCAUGCUUGUAUUAUUUCUUUUAUUUUCUUAAGUUCUAGCACAUAAAUCGUCUUGCUCAUGAGCUCUUUCUUUUUAUGCUUAUUAUUUAUAACAAGAAUGUAGGAGUAUUUCGCUG